AUGUUCAGCAAGAUCGCCUUCGUCGCCGCUCUUGCGGUCGGCGCAAACGCCGGUGUCGUUGCUCGCGACUUCGACAGCUACGGCACCCCAGCACACGGUGCUCAGAAGCCAGAGAGCUACAGCUCGACCUCCGGCGCUGCUCCCCCAUCCUACGGUGGUGGUGAGGAGUACCCAUCUUCUUCCACCGAGGGUCACCCAACCACCCCAACCACCACCCCAGCCGCUCCAGUAUACGGUGCCCCGAGCUCAUACAGCAGCUCCAGCACCGAGGUCCACGCGACCUACCCAAGCUCCAGCUCUGAGCACCAGCCGACUUACCCUGCCUCAAGCUCGACGACAUGCACCGACAGCACCACCGAGGGCCACGCCACUUACCCAGCAACCUCAUCGAGCUCUAGCAGCGCUCCAUACUACCCAACUGGCUACCCAAGCAAGUCGUCGUCGUACCCAAUUGGCAGCGUAACCAGCUACUCCAAGACUGAGGGCUCGCCAAUCACCAGCAGCAAGUCUGGCUACACCACCGCCACUGUCACCAAGAGCAACGGCGAGGUCUACACCACCUACUGCCCCGAGGAGGAGGCUUCCAGCUACAGCAAGACCCACCCGGCCUCGCCAGAGACCACCUCUUCUUCCAAGAGCAUGCCAGUCUACGGCUACCCAUCCAAGAGCUCUUCUGAGUACUCUCCAGAGAAGCCAACCGUUACCCCAUACGCACCAAUCUCCACUGGCACUCCGGAGAAGCCAACCGGCUACGGCUGCCAUGGCGAGGGCUGCUCCACCUCUUACCAGGUGACCAACAAGACCCUCACCUACACUCAGGGCUACGGCACAUCCGCCACCGUCAUCACCACCACCGUCAAGUCGACCUCCACCCUCUACCUCACCUCGACUGUCUUCGCUACCAAGCCCGCCACUGCCCCAGUCUACGGUGCCCCAUCAGACACCAAGUCCGCCCCAGUCUACGGCGCCCCAUCAGGCACCAAGUCCGCUGAGUACCCACAGAAGACCACCACUGGAUAUGUUACCAUCCAGUCGACCUCGACCCUGACCAACUACAUCACUGUCUACCCAGUCAAGAGCAACGGCGGCGCAUACCCAACCAACGGCUCGCCAACCAACGGCUCUCCAGUCACCAACGCCGGCCACGGCUCCCCAUCCGAGACCUGCGUCGCCAACACCGUCACCGUCACCGAGAAGGAGACCGUCUACGUGACCGUCCCAGCCGCCAAGCCAACCGAGUCCAGCAAGAGCGUUGGCCCAAUCCAGUCCAGCAGCUCCGUCUACUACCCAACUGCGCCAGCUUACCCAUCAACCUCCGGUGCCGCCAAGCCAAGCACGUUCGCAACCUACUACAGCAAGACUUCCAGCGCCCCAUACUCGCCAGAGAUGCCCAGCAGCUCCGCACCACACUACGCUCCAAGCUCCAGCUCCAAGACCGAGGGCUUGCCAGUCUACUCCUCCACCAGCAGCAGCAGCAUGGCAUCAGUCUACUACCCAACCGCCCCAGUCUCUAGCAGCUCAACCACCCCAGCGGCCACCUACCCAGCAACAACCUCCACCUACGCCGCCCCACCAGCCUACGGCCCAGCCUCGUCGUCUAGCUCGACCGAGAAGCCAUACACCUACGCCCCAGAGUACAGCAGCACCAGCAGCACCAAGGCCCCAGAGGUCAGCACCGCCUACGUCACCCCGAUCCCCUCCAAGCCAGCCGGCUACGAGCAGGCUCCCCCAGCGUACGGCGCGCCCGCUGCUCCGGCUGCGUACUAG